AUGAGAGGAACCUGCAUAGUGAUCCCCAAAGGUCUUAGAACAACAGUAUUAACCAUUGGACAUGAAGGACAUUUAGGUGUAGUCAGCAUGAAACCGCAUCUUCGCACAAAAGUAUGGUGGCCAAAGCUAGAAAAGGAUGUGGAAAGGUUUUUCAAGACCUGUGAAGCAUGUCAGUUGGUGGGCAGACCUGACCCUCCAGAGCCUGUGGCAAGUACAGAACUACCUCAAGGACCCUGGUGUGCUGUCACAAUUGAUUACCUGGGACUGUUACCCUCAGGUGAACACAUACUUGUAGUUGUUGACUACUACAGCAGAUAUUACAAGGUGGCUGUUGUAAGGAAAAUUACAUCAGAGAAGACCAUAGAGUGUUUAGAAACCAUAUUUGCCAGACAUGGACUGCCUGAAGUGCUUGUAAGUGACAAUGUGCCAAAACUUGUCUCGGAGAAAUUCAAAGCGCUCCUAAAGGAAAAUGGUAUUAAGCAUCAACGUGUAACAACUCGGUGGGCUCAAGAAAAUGGCAAGGUAGAGAGACAGAAUAGAUCCAUACUCAAAAGAUUACAGUUGGCACAUGCAGAAGGAAAGGACUGGAGAAGAGAACUGCUCAGGUAUAUGGCUGUUUACAGAACAACUCCUCACCAGACAACUGGACAGACACCAGCAUUUCUUCUGAUGGGCCAAUACCCGAGAACAAAGUUACCUGAAUUGUCACAACCAACCCACAGUGAUGAGGAACCCAGAGACAGAGAUCAACUGAUGAAAUUCAAGAGCAAACAGUAUGCAGAUGCUUCAAGAAAUGCUAAGAUGGGUGAGGUGAAACAAGGUGACCUUGUACUCAUGAAACAGGAUAAGAAGAACAAACUGUCCACCACAUAUGAACCUCAGCUGUACAAAGUGAAAGAAAAGAAAGGAAAUCAGGUUGUUGUGUCUGAAAGCGACAAUCCUGCAAGGGUUUUGCACCGAAACACAACUGAAGUCAAGCAGUACCACCCUACUGAUGAUCAGCUCAGUAAUACGAAGGCUAAUCAGGAGAAAAACACCCCUCCCGCUUCAGUCGAGAUGGACACAGCAGUUGAAUCAGGAAGUACUGAUUUCCAGGAAGGUUCACCAUGGCGUUAUCCACAGAGGAUUUGCAAACCACCUGACAGAUUGAACUUAUAA